AAACGUCAAAAGGUGUGUUUACUUAUGUGUCAUAUAUUGGAUUGAAUGUUUUAUGUUUUCUUUUUUAAAAUCGUUUAAUUUCCCGUAGUAAAUAUGAGUUAUAUAAACAAAGUAAGAUUAUUUUAAUACACAUACAGUAAAACGUACACAUGACAAUACGUUUUAACUUAAAAAUUAACGUUCAUGUUUUCCUAAUAUGGUCCUAUUGUAAUGUGAAUUUAACGGGAUUACAAUGACUUCAGAAGAGUUCCAAUAUGGUAUUUUUAUACGAAAUGAUAUUAUCAAGGAUAUUAGUAAAAACCAGAACCAGAGGACGGUUCUCGUGGGUCAAAUAUGUAUAAUUGACGCUGUACUUGGAAACAGAACUUUGAGAGUGCGUCUUUUAGAAGAGAAUAACUCUUGGGAGGCCAAACCCUUUGUCACAGUCACAGAGAACUGUAUAAUACCAGUCCCCAAUUCUUUGUUACAUUAUAUAUCUGCUAUACAUUCACCUCAGGAACGAGUUAAAUUGACAAAAAAUAGAAUUUUAUGCGAAAAACUACAGAAAGUCACUAAAGAUGCAAUUGUGGGAUUCACCGAAGCUAGUGAAGUUAAGUUAGGUAGAGUUAGAUAUAUUGGAUUUGCUAAAGGAAUUGGGUACUGUUACGGAUUAGAAUUACAUGAAAAACAACCAGGUAAUAAAUGUGAUGGUGUGUGUGCUGGAAUCAGGUACUUUACCUGUCAUGCAGGACAUGCAGUGUUUACAACAAUUGAAAGAAUAAUACCCAUAUCUUAUACUGAUACUAUAGAAAAACCUGUACCGCAACCACAACAAAAUGACUUGGAAAUUUCAUUGCAAAGAAAUAUAUCUAGCUUCGCCAAUGGAACAUUAGAUAAACUACCGAGGGAAGAUAUAGUAACAAAAUAUGGGGAGUAUUCAAAGAAAAUAUCAAUGCCCUCAACUAAUCUUAGUCACAAUAUGAAAAAUUCUUUGUCCCUGCAAAACAUCUUAGAUAUGAACAGCAGUGUCAAUACAAAUAACGAUUUUGAUCAAAAUACAAUUAUUCAGCCAGACCAAAGUCAUUUAAUGAAUAACGAAAAAUUAAAGAAUAAGUCUGAGAUUAAUCUUCAUGAUUUGAUUGGGAAUCCUUGGCCAAGUUCCGAAGUAACCAAGCCCGAGAAUUUUUCAAAUUUAAGAAAAAACCUGGACAAAAAUGACAACAUCAAAGAAUACAAAUACAAUAAUUUUGAGAAUAGGAAUAGCUUAGCCAGUUCAAAUGGUACACUAAAUAGAACUGGUAGGAACAGAAGUUCUAAUAUAUUAUCUCAUUUAAUUGAUGGUAAUGGAACUAUGAAGAGAAGUACUUUUUAUACAGUUAAAGCAGGUGAAAGUAAUAAUGAGAAAGAAAGCAGCAGAGAAAUCUUGAAGAAAGUUGAAAAUGGUAGAAAACCCGAAUACCAUCCGAAAGAGCUACACACCAAACCAACAGCCACAUUUUACGUAAACGAAAAUCCUAAAUACACAGACCCAUUACCGGGGUCCACGAACGAUUUGGUCGUAGGCAGCGUGGUAGAAGUAGAUACCGACGUCACAGAAGAACCACUAUACGGUGUGAUUCAAUGGAUGGGCUUUGACACUGAAGCUAAGUUUACUCUAGUAGGUAUAGAGUUAGAGGAGGAAGCCACGCAUCUGCCUCUAACUCUAACAGAUGGCACGCACAAUAACGAAAGGUUGUUUUCCUGUGCCAAUGGCAAAGCUUUUUUCGUUCCUUUAGAACGGUGUCAUAAGGAUUCGCGGUUUCAGGAUGGAACUCCGACGCCUGUACACCAAGCAGCUGUAACAGAAGUGUGCGACUGUCCGGGAAUCCCAGGAGCAGUAGCGCCGCUCUGUAUGCCCACAGAGGAAGAUGUAGAGGCGGUGUGCGGAAAGUACCGCGGCAUUCAAGGACACCACAAUUCCUGCUAUCUGGACGUCACACUUUUCGCCAUGUUCACCUACACCGCAGUGUUUGACAGCUUGUUGUUCCGGCCGAAAAACGCAAACGACAUAGCGGAUUAUGAGGAGGUCCAGAGAGUUUUGAGAGAAGAAAUCGUUAAUCCUUUGAGGAAAAACUUGUUUGUAAGUGCGGAUAACGUGAUGAAACUAAGAAAACUUUUGGAUAGGUUGAGUUCAGUGUCGGGCUUAACAAGCGAAGAAAAGGAUCCAGAGGAAUUUUUGAAUUCGUUACUUGCUCAAAUUUUGAAAGCUGAACCGUUUUUGAAACUUAACUCUGGACAAGAGACGUUCCAUUAUCAACUUUUUGUUGAAAAAAAUGCCGAGCUCACGUUGCCUACCGUACAACAACUGUUUGAGCAAAGUUUCCUAACGAGCGAUAUAAAAUUGAAAGAAGUGCCCUCUUGUCUGAUUGUGCAGAUGCCCAGAUUCGGGAAGAAUUACAAAAUGUAUCCCCGCAUUUUACCCUCUCAGCUGCUUGAUGUUACAGACGUCAUAGAAGGUUCGCCUAGAUUGUGUAUUGUUUGUGGUAAACUAGCUCGAUGGGAGUGCAGGGAGUGUUUCUCUGAAUACACGAAUCAAGCGGGCUUAGAAAGUACGGCCUUUUGCGAGAAUUGUCUGAAAACCGCCCACAAACACGAAAGGCGACAGAGGCACAAACCUAGAGAGUUGGCGGUUAAUCCUGAUUUUUUGACUAUGGAGGAACAUUGCAGGCCUCCGAGAUUGUUUAUGGAACUUUUUGCUGUGAUUUGUAUAGAAACUUCCCAUUAUGUAACUUUUGUUAAGUGCGGUGUCGGCCACGAGGCUCCUUGGUGUUUUUUCGAUUCGAUGGCGGAUCGGAAAGGUGAGAAAAAUGGAUAUAAUAUUCCAGAGAUGGUUGCAUGUCCUGACAUUUCUCACUGGCUUUCAGAGGAAACGGCUUGCCGGCAGCUGCACGAAGAAUUUCCCUUAGACAGACACCUUCCCGAACAUGCGAAAAGGCUGCUUUGCGACGCCUACAUCUGCAUGUACCAAAGCUCAGACGUUAUGAUGUACAGAUAAAUAGAUUGUGUAUAUAUAAAUACUUAUGUAAUUUAUAUAAUACACCAAGCAAAAGUAGAGAAGAGUUAAUAAGUAGGUCUAAUCUUUUGAUAUUGAAUUAGAAAAAAAUAUUGGUUUUUAUAAUAAUCCACAUUCCUCAAACUAGUUGUGUUUUUAUUCUAAGUAUAGGUAUGUAUAUAUUUCUUUACUUUUGCUCUAGUGAAUAUAGUGGUGAAUGAAAAGAAUCUAAUGUUGCCUAUCGAAAAAAAAAACACUGUAAGAAUAGUUCUUACCUUAUUGAGAAACUAAAAGUUUUAGUUUUGUUUCUUUUCUAUUUGCCGGGAAAAUAAUACAGGGUGUCUCAGAUAAUUGCGCUCAAAGAUCUUGCAAAGAAUAGCAACUAUAAAGCUUUGGAGACAUUGUUUUUGUUAUGUUUUUUGCGUUCACUACCUCAAUAUAAAUUUUAUUUAUAUGUUUUGUUCAACGUUUAGUUUUUUUGGCCAAUCUUAAGUUUAUUUUUUACUAGUUGCAAAAUUUUG